AUGGAAGACGGAGAAUCCGUGAAAGAUUGUGCAAUUAAAGUUCUUGCGAAAUCAAAAGAUGGGAGCUGGAAUCCCGACGAAAAAGCGUUGGAAAUGAUUUUCAUGUCUGAAAAAGUGAAAAAUAAAAAGGUAGUGAUACUAAGCAUUGCUGGUCCAUCGCGCACCGGGAAAAGUUUUUUGUUGAGUUUUCUUCUUCAAGCCGCUAUCGCAGUUGAGCAAGGACGUUCCACCAAGAAUACGUUAGAAUUGUCAAAUACUUCUCAUGGGUUUAGCUGGAGAGGAGGAUCAACAAGAGAAACAUCAGGUAUAACUAUCUGGUCCAAGCCUUUUCUGCUGAAAACCAGAGAUGGUGAAGAAGUUGUCGUUUUGCUUAUGGAUACUGAAGGCUUCUUUGAUUCUCAGUCUACUUGGUCGGACUGUGCAAGAAUUUUUGGUUUAUCAAAUCUAAUAUCUUCUGUUCAGAUUUACAACCUUAAUAGGGGACUUCAACUCGACUAUCUGAAGCAAGUGGAAAUUUUUGCACAGUAUGGCUCAUAUGCAACAGACAACGAAAAAGCGAAACCAUUCCAGGAACUUCUGUAUUUGGUUCGAGAUUGGCCGUACAAGAAUGAACACUCUUAUGGUUUUGAUGGUGGGGAGCGCUAUUUGCAUAGAUUCACUAAGAAGUCAUCAAGAGAAAUUCAAGAAAUCUGUAAGAACAUAGCAGAAUGCUUUGAAUCGUCUUCCUGUUUUUUAAUGCCGUAUCCUGGUCGCGAAGUCGCUGAAGCUGAUGAUGCUUCUAGCUGUUCAGAAAUUGAUAAAGAAUUCUUAAUAAGUACGGAAUUGUUAGCAAGAGAACUAUUUUCUGGCGAAUACCUAAAAGUUAAGAAGGUAGCCGGAUGUGAGGUGACCUGCAAAGAGUUGUUUAACUUUUUUAUUGUGAGUUUGAUAAACUCUGAAACUUUAUUCUUACAAGUCACUUAUUCGUUUAAGUUGCUGGCGGUUAAAGAUUACAACUAGAG